AUGAGAAUUUAAGAAACUUAUUUCAAAGAAAACUCUUCUCUUUUAUAGUUCAGUUAUGGAACUCUUUUGUAGAUAGAUGGUUUGUAAUUUACAGGUAAUUAAAUUGAGAAUAGCCAAUUAUAUAGCUUGAUAGAUUUAAGAAUGAUAGAAAUAAUACAAAUAAAUAAUUCAGUAAUUCAGUCUAAUUCAUAGAAUUUAAGACAAAAUUAGAAUAGUUAUUUUAUUAGCAUUGCCGCAUGUGAAUAGAUAAAUCUCUUAAAUAUAACGAUUAGUUAAAAUUUAAAUUCCUUAGUGAUAUAUGUUCCAAAUGUAGCUCAAGUAUAUUCUGAUAAACAAUUAAGUAGAAUUUAGUUUAUAAAUUCUACUUUAGUGAUGAAAGAAAUUAUUUAUCGAUAGAAUAUUUUUGACCUUAACUCUACAUAACCAGUGUUUUUAAUUGAAAACUUGAAUUAAAUUUAUAUGCAAGAUUGCUAAUUUAAUAUCAAUAUUGCCAUGAAUUCUUAUCUGAUAUCUUUGUAAAAUAUUAUUUAAACAAAUAUAGUGAAUGCAACUUUUUAUAAAAAUAAAUUAUUUUCUUGUUUUCAGUCAAAUGGAAUAAGUAGUUUAUAAAUAGACUCAUCUAUUUUCACUGAAAAUGAAACAAAUGAUUCUGGUUCUUGUUUACUUUUAUCUAACUUUACAGAAAGUAAUGGCACUAAUAGCUAUAUAAAUAACAGCUAAUUUAAUUAUAAUAUUGCUAAAAGCAGUGGUGGAGCUAUAUAUCUUGAAAAUACAGAUAUUCAAAUAGAAAAUAGCUUAUUCAGUAAUAAUAAAGCUACAAUUGGAGGAGCAAUAAGAUAUUUGGGAAUAAUCCCAAAAUUUGCUUAAAAGAUUUUUUAAUAAAAAAAUAAAAGAAAUUUAUAGUAGCAAUUAAAUAUCACAUUUAAAAAUAAUUAAGCUUUAAUAUAUGGUCAAAAUAUAGGUUCAAUUCCAUCACAUCUUAUGUUUAAAAGAGAUGGAAUUUUUAAACCAAUAGAUUAUUUUUUGUUUGAAAACAUCAGAAGUGGUGAAGUGCUUUAAGACAAUUUAUUUUAUCUAUUAGAUGAAGAAUUCAACACAGUGAAUGUAACAGCAUAAUAAUUAACUAAUUUAUCACCAAAUAUUCAAUAAGAAAUAAAAACCUAUCAAUUGCUUGUGUAAUCAAACAAUAUUCAGUAACUUGAAGUUAAAGAUACAAUAACUUUUAACUAUGUAAAUACAGAAAAUAAUAAUGUAUUUAACUUAAAUGGAAUGAAGCUAUAAGGUAUUCCUAUUUAAUAGUCAAGCAUUAAGAUUAUCGCUCCUUUUAUAAUUAAAUAUUUAUCAAAUAACUCCUAUGUAUAAGGUAACUCAUAUGAUAUUCAAGUUAAUUUUAGAGAAUGUUAAAUUGGUGAAAUUUACUCCAAAAUAUCUGAGUAAAUUUACGAAUGUUCUCCUUGUGCAAAUAAUAGUUACUCAAUAGUUAUACCACUCAAAGAUUCCAAUCAACUAUGCUAAUCUUGUCCAUUUGAUUUAGCUGAUAGCUGCUAUCUUAACUAGAUAAAUGUCAAAGACGGAUAUUGGAGAAAAAAUGAAAACAGCGAUUAGAUUAUUUAUUGUAAUAAUAAACCAGAAAACUGUAAGUGCUAGUAAAACUCUUUUGGAUUAUAAAUUGCUUCAAUAAACUGUUGUAUUUAAGGUUUCAUAGGACCUCUAUGUGAGGUAUGUGAUAACUAUGGCAAAACAUGGGGUUAACGAUAUGGGAAUUCGAAAAAAUAUACUUGCACUCCAUGUAAUUAAUAUGAAGAAAUUUUGUUAUAGCUAAUAUUAUAAAUGCUCAUUUUAACUCUUUACUUCCUUUACUCAGUUAAAAAAGCUGUUGAUAAAGCUUCAAGAUUAAUCAUUUGCUAAACGCUAAGGAGAUUAAAUUUUCUUCUUAUUGGGAAGGCUGCUGAAUAAAAUUAAGUUUCAUUUUAUAUUAAACUCAUCAUAAAUUUUAUAUAGCAUGAUAGCAAUCCCUUAGAAUUUAUAAAGUAAUUCGAUUGA